GCCAAGUGAUUGUCUCCUUUAUAAAUCCACUAAGCACACUCUCAAACUCAAAGGACAAACACAUUUAGAAAGAGAAAAAGAAAAAUGUCAAUGGACAUGAUUGCAACAGAACGUGUUUGUUAUGUUCACUGCAACUUCUGCAACACCAUUCUAGCGGUUAAUGUUCCAUACAGCAGUUUGUUAACCAUAGUAACAGUUAGAUGUGGACAUUGUGCUAAUUUGCUAUCAGUUAACAUGGUAGCACCAUUACUUCAGCCAUUUCCUCCUCCUCAACUCCCUCAGCCACAGAAACAGCACAUAAUUGAUGAAGAAGCAAGCAGCAAGGAAAUUGGAUCAUCAUCUUCAAAAUGCAACAAAAUAGCAUCAUUUGAGGCAGUAGAACAUCCUAGGAUUCCUCCCAUUCGUCCUAUAGAGAAAAGACAUCGUGUUCCUUCAGCUUACAACCGGUUCAUUAAGGAGGAAAUUCAAAGGAUUAAGGCCAGUAAUCCAGAUAUCAGCCACAGGGAGGCUUUCAGCUCAGCAGCCAAAAAUUGGGCACAUUUCCCUCAUAUUCACUUUGGGAAGCAGCAAGCAAAGUUGGAUCAUGGUGAAGGGACUCGUGAAAAGACUAAUGGAUUCUACUGAUAUAAAUAUCGUAGCCUUUGUUUGACCUAAAUCUGUGAAAAUUAAUGAGGUUUUCCUGAUCCUACAACAAAGAUUGGAGACUGGUCUGCAAAUUAAUCUCAGCUUCUCACCAAUGUUUAAAAUAUUAUAUUAAUUAUAUGUAUUUCCCUUUUCUUUCUUUUGUUAUGAAAUUACUGCUAUUUUUGUAA